AUGAAGAAAAUCAUUUCACCAAAACCAACCAACUUUACCGGAGUGACUGAAUUUGUCCUUCUGGGUUUAACCAAUCAUCUUGAACUGCAGGUGUUGUUGUUCAUUGUAUUUCUCUUGGUAUACAUAAUCAUAAUGGUGGGUAAUUUGCUAAUUUUCAUUAUGAUCCUUGUAGACCCAUCUCUUUACACACCAAUGUAUUUCUUUCUCAAGGUUCUCUCCUUCUUGGACAUCUGCUACUCUUCAGUUACCCUCCCCAAAAUGCUAGUGAAUUUCCUGUCUGAGGACAAGAGAAUUUCCUAUAUUGGCUGUGCUACUCAAAUGUUCUUCCUGCUUUUCCUAGGGGCUUCAGAAUGCUUCCUCUUGGCAGCUAUGGCCUAUGAUCGGUAUGUAGCCAUAUGCAAACCACUGAUGUACAUGACCAUCAUGAACGAGAAAUUUUGCCUUUCACUAACAGUUCUGUCAUGGUUCUUUGGCAAUUUGGUAUCUUUGCUUCAGACAGUUUGGGUUUUUACUCUGCCAUUUUGUGGAUCAGAUAAAAUCAACUAUUUUUUCUGUGAUAUACCGCCCCUCAUCAAACUUUCUUGCAUUGACACUUCUUCAUAUGAGAUGCAGCUCUUUACAGCAACAAUCCUAGUUAUUUUGACACCCUUUUCCUUCAUUGUUGUGUCCUACCUUCUGAUUAUUUACAACAUUUUAAAAAUGGCAACAGUGGAAGGCCGUCAGAAAGCCUUCUCCACCUGCUCUUCACAUCUCUUGGUGGUGACUUUGUACUAUGGGAGUGGCAGCUUGGUCUACCUAAAGCCCAAAUCCAUUCAUUCACAGGACAGUAACAAAGUGUUGGCUUUGAUGUACACUGUCAUCACCCCCAUGUUGAACCCAAUUAUUUACAGUCUAAGGAACAAAGAGAUCAGUGAGGCAAUGAAGAGGAUGGUGAACAAGGCAAAGAAUCGAAAAAUACUUUUCCAUGGGACAUAG